UCACAUCAGACCAGACCUGCGGAGCACCGACGAACAUCCGCGGCCAAGCGCGUCACCGGAAUAAUCCCGUCCGCGAGCCCGUGUUCCAGCCCCCCGGAAGGUGCGGAUCGGCUUCUCCGCGUGUUUGACGUCAUGCCCCGGUAGGAUCGAUUACCUGCCGCUCUGAAUUAUUGAUGAUGAUGAUGGAGGAUCUGCCGGACUUCAGAGACGUGGAGAACAAACUGGGCCGUAAAGUUCCGGAGAGUUUGAUUCGUUCAUUCACGGGCGAACCGCUCAGAUGUUCGGAAAGCCACGCGAGCACCGAUGAUCUUCAGAAACUCCACAGCAAGAUCAGCUUCCUGCGACAGCAGAUGGCUCAUCUGCGCUCCAUCGACGUCAAACUGAUGCAUCAGCUGCUGUCCAUCAACGAGGGCAUCGAGUCCAUUCGCUGGGUGAUGGAGGAGCGAGGGGGCGUGGCCAGCCGCGAGGGCAGCUUGACGGGCAGCUUGUGCAGCCUAUCGGACAGUCCGGACGCGUCUCGGCGCGACUCCUGCAGCGACAGUCUGGACGGGAUCUCGCUGGGCAGUUAUCUGGACACGCUCGGGGAGGACGAACCCGACCGCUGCUCGCCCGCAAACCUCUCGGACGGGUUCGGCUCCAGAACCGCCACGGACGAGGAGACGUUCACGAAAUCUCCCGCGCGGCCUCGAGUGGAAACCGACGAGUACUACUGCUUCGGAUAACGCUAACCUGAGCUUGAAUAAAGACAGCUGACCGGUCUCCAAGGGGUAAGCGUACAGUCUUACAAGGAAAUCCUUACUGUAAAUCAGCUGCGACUGAUUCAGCUCACGCUUCUCCUUCUAAAGUCGUCGUUGGGUUUGACUUGAAGUCGAUGUGCAGUAAGAAACUUUCAGAUCGUUUCUUAAGAGAAACGGUUUCAAAAAGCAGCUCGGAUCCUUGAGCCUGAUCGUAAACCGAGAGAAUCUGUUCAACUCUUUGUCUUAAAUGUUUGUUUCAGGAGUGAGACUCCGGCUCCAGUCGAUUGGUUUGUCUGCGUUCACACUCGUUCGGUGCGGUUUGAAAGAUGAAUUCGGUUCAGUUUAGUCUGGUAGAACGCCACGACCGCAUUCUGAAGAUGAAGUGACUGUCCACGUUGUCUCCACAAGCAGAUUCAAAUGAAAUAGCUUGAACUCUUAAAAAGUCUUAAUUCGUGUUUUCAGCCUUAAAAGCUCCAAACUCAGAGCAAAAAUUAAGAAUUUAUUAAGUGACGUUAAAUGUUAUGUGCACAGCAAAUGUCUAUAACGCACAUCUAAACAUCCUUACAUCAAGAUACAGUGACUUGCAAAUGAAGACAAGAAGUCUUGCUUUCUGAGAAACUGAACAAAAUUAAGUGUUUGAUUUAAAGAAAAAAAAGAACAAAUAUAUGUCAGUGGGAAAUGAAGUUUUCUGAGCCCAUUAACAGAUAUCUGUGAUCCUGAACCACAAAACCGGUCAUAAGGGUCAGUUUUUUUGAAAUUGAGAUUUAUACAUCAUCUGAAUAAUAUAAGCUUCCCAUUGAUGUGUGGUUUGUUACGAUUAGACCAAGAUACAACUAUUUAAAAAUCUGAGGGUGGAAAAAAAAUCUAAAUAUUGAGAAAAUCACCUUUAAAAGUUGUCCAAAUGAAAUUCUUAGCAAUGCAUAUUACUAAUCAAAAAUUAAGUUUUGAUAUAUUUACAGUACAAAAUAUCUUCAUGGAACAUGAUCUUUGGCAUGAAAGAAACAUCUGUAAUUUUGAUGUAUCGUUGACUAUUGUUGAAAAUAUACCCGUGACACCGUGAUACUGGUUUUGUGCUCCAGGGUCACAUUUGUUCUUGAUGAACUCACAGUUUGAUCAGUUUCUGAAAAAUUUGCAUCUCAAGUAUUUCAGAACCUUUAGUCCUUUAACUGUCACCUCCUAUCUUGAACAUAGACAUAAAAAUGCAAAUCCAAAGUUUCUAUUUUUAAAAUGAACGAAAAUAUUUUGUAAUAUGAUUUUGACGUACAGUUUCCAUGGUAAUGCAAGGUCUGAUUUUAAAAUGGUUUUCAAAGGAUGAAUUUUGAGAUUUUAAGUUUUCAGUUCUUAAGAUUUCUAUUGCGUGAUGGGAAAAAAGGAAACAAAGAGAAUAUUUUUGUGACAAAGGUCAAAACUCAUGUUAUGAUGUGGAUUUUUUUGAGGUGCACUCUCAUCAUAAAUUAAUCUAUUACUUUUCCUACAUAAUUUGUAACGGUGUAUAGUUUGUCAUGAUUAGAUUAGGAUUUAUUUGUAAUAUGGUGAAGUAAACGUAGGCGUCCCACAGAGCGGUUGGUGACAGUUAAAGAGUUUUUUUGCGGAGUGAUCGGUAAAAGUAAAAGGUUUGGAGCAAAGCUAUUCACGUCUUAAACUUUUGUUUGUUUGCUUUUGUAAAACUACUUUAAAAUAAUGGACAUGUAACGGAAGUUUGAAGCAUUUCAAAAGACUUACUUAUCAAAGUCUUUUUAAAAACUCUUUUUUUUUUUUUUUUUUUUUUUUUUUUUUGUCAUCUGUCGCUUUAAAUGAGCCCUGUAAAGCAGGAUGGAUUCUGAUUGGCUGUCAAUGUUUCGUUCAUCCACUGUAAAAUAAAAAAACAAUUCAGGACUUUUCUCCUGUUUUUUUGUUCUUUUUAUUACUGUAAUGUUCUGACAGAUGUGAGAUCUAAGACGGUUUAAUGUUAUUACAUGCGCCGGUCUUGAACAUUGAGUGUGAACGCAGCCGCUCAGGUUGGUCCCUUCUAGCGCACAUGCUAAUGCUAACGGUUAGCUCCUCACACGUGUCCGUUUACAGCUGUCGGUGAGCCGCUAAUGUGUGAACUGACGGGAUUUACAGAUGUUUUUGAUGUUUGCGGCACUUUUACGUCGAAGUGCAAUUCCUGCUCAUGCCAAAUCUACUUAACGACUCUUUAACGCGUUUACCGUCAUUCAGGUCUGAUCUUCACUGCAAUAAUGAGAUUGUUCUUACUUGAAUCUUUGACAUUUUCAAGUGUAUUUAGUAACUUUAUUUUAACACUGUGAUAUUUUCAGAACUGUAAUCUCACAACAGGUUUUUUUGUUUUCUUUUUUUUAUGUUGAAACCCACUGUUUGAAAUCAUGUUUGUGACUGUAGUUGUUUGUGCUGCUAUUUCAUUUGUUUCUCUCUCUUUUUUGUGCUUUAUUGAUUGAUUUGAUUGAAUAAUUGAUUGAUUGCUCCUAAUUUAUGAUGUUCAUUUUCAACUUUAUUUUUGGGGAAAUGUCAUAAAACUUGUGACUUA